AGCAUAAUCACAUACAAAGGAAAGAAGGAUGUGGAAUUUGGCACGCAACAGCCGAAUAAUGAAAUGCCUGUCUAUCGCUCCCCACUCGUCAUUCCCUCCCAUUUUUAAUCCUUCUAACCUUCGCAAUCCUUCUCGCUUUCCCCAUAGUCCUCUCUCCAAACUCUCCCCCUUCAGCCCAUCUCUCUCUCUUUCUCUUUCUCCCUCUCUUGUACUUCCCUCAUAUCUAACUACCAAUUCAACUGCCAACAAGUCAACCCGACUCUCUGCUCAGGGUUUUUUCCUUCCAAGUUCCAGUCUUGCAAUUCGUUCCUUUUGUUCGAAGGGAAGUGGAAGAAUGGGGGACAGAGUGAUUCAAAAUCCGGACUCUAUAUCGUACUUGGGGCAGCGAGAAGCCGCCGAGAUCGAUGAGCUCCUCAUGGGUCCUCUCGGGUUUAGCGUCGAUCAGCUCAUGGAAUUGGCUGGUUUGAGCGUGGCCACUUCCAUAGCAGAGGUUUACAAAGCAGGUGAAUACAACCGUGUUCUCGCUAUUUGCGGUCCUGGGAACAAUGGUGGUGAUGGUCUCGUGGCUGCACGUCAUCUGCAUCACUUUGGUUACAAACCGGUUGUUUGCUAUCCAAAGCGUACUCCGAAGCCUCUUUAUUCUGGUUUGGUUACGCAGAUCGAAUCACUGUCAAUCCCUUUCUUGUCAGUGGAAGAUCUGCCUUCAGACUUGUCAAAGGACUUUGACAUUCUAGUAGACGCAAUGUUUGGGUUCUCAUUCCAUGGUACCCCAAGGCCGCCUUUUGAUGAUCUCAUCCAAAGACUGGUUUCUUUACGACAUUAUGAUCAAGCGAGCCAAAAAUCCCCUGUUAUUGUCUCUGUAGACAUUCCAUCUGGGUGGCAUGUCGAAGAGGGAGACAUGGGUGGCGAAGGCAUUAAGCCUGAUAUGUUGGUUUCUUUGACUGCUCCAAAGUUGUGUGCAAAGAAGUUUUGUGGUCCACACCACUUUCUAGGUGGUAGAUUUGUCCCACCAUCUAUUGUAGACAAAUAUAAUCUUUGUCUUCCACCAUAUCCUGGAACUGCAAUGUGUGUCAGGAUUGGAAAGCCUCCAAAAGUUGAUAUAUCAGCACUCAGAGAGAACUAUAUUUCUCCAGAACUCCUCGAGGAACGGGUGGAGGCUGAUCCUAUUCAUCAGUUUCACAAAUGGUUUGACGAUGCAGUGGCUGCUGGCUUGAGAGAACCAAAUGCAAUGGCAUUGUCAACUGUUGGGAAGCAAGGAAAACCGUCAUCACGAAUGGUACUGCUAAAAGGAAUUGAUAAGGACGGUUUUGUCUGGUACACAAAUUAUGAAAGUCGAAAGGGCUGCGAAUUAUCUGAUAAUUCCAAUGCAUCACUGCUUUUCUAUUGGGAAGGUCUUAAUCGACAGGUGAGGGUUGAAGGCUCUGUGCAGAAAGUUUCUGAUGAGGAAUCUGAGCAGUACUUUCAUAGUCGUCCUCGAGGAAGUCAGCUUGGAGCAAUAGUUAGCAAGCAGAGUACUGUAGUGCCUGGAAGGCAUGUUCUACACCAACAAUAUAAGGAACUAGAGGAAAAAUUUUCUGACGGAAGUAUGAUUCCAAAACCUAAACACUGGGGUGGAUACAGGCUUCAACCAGAGCUGUUUGAGUUUUGGCAAGGGCAGCAGUCCCGCUUGCAUGACAGGUGGUUUUCAUCCCAUUUUUGAAAGGUUGCUGUACUCUCCUAGGGAGGUUGAUGGACAGCGUGUGUGGUAUAUCGAGCGACUGGCUCCCUGAUUAUAUGUUCAAUAUCUUUGCUGCGAAUCAACUGUAAGCGAUGUGCAUUUGCACUGAUAUCAAUGGGCAUUGAGAGGGUACAUUUGUAUCCGAGAGUGAUAGAUUUUAAUGCAUAGUCUGAUUCUAAAAUCUACAGAGGAGAACAAUUUAGUGAAUCACACAGAUUGAUUCUUGCAUAUGUUGUGAUUUUCAUACAGAAUCAUCUUAAAGGUGAGAAAUGCUUAGAAUCUUUAGUGCA